GUUACAGUGAUGAAUUGUCAGAGUUUCUUCACACGAUAUGACAAAAAAUUGGAGAAACAAAGGAACACAAAAUUUAAUAGUGUAGUGUGACAUUUCGAAAAACAGAUCAAAAUAUAUCGUUCGCUUUCUUGCUGAGAGUUAGAUGAGAAGAUUGAUAAGCUAAGUAUGAAGCCAAAGCUAGCAGCCGUUUAGCUUAGUAUAAAGACUGGGAGCAGGGGGAAACAAUUAGCCUGUUGUAUCUCGUUUAUUUAAUCUGUACACAAAAUGAAAUUCAAUGCAUUAUGGGGAGUUAUGUGCUGGAAGCUUUUCUUGGGUGGGAGCAGUGACUUCCUGGUGUAUUGUUGUCACUGAAAGGUUGCCAGACCAUGCAGUCACUGCUCCAAGUUAAGAAAUUGUUCCAUUAUGUAACUACUCGUGAUGUGUUCAAUAAUAACAUUAGCUUUUAGAAACAUUAGCCAGGCUAGCUGUUUCCCCCUGCUUCCAGUCUUUGUGCUAAGCUAAGCUAAUCGCCCCCACCCCUCCUGUAAAAUAAGGAAUUGGAAACUAAAAGACUGUUCCGUAUUGAACGCGCUUUGUUCUGUAUUAUUGAAAAUCAAUUCAGUGCAAGUAUACGGGGAAGAAAUAUUACAGGUUAGACUAUUAAGACAGUGCGACUUGUAUGAGAUAGAAGUUAUCAUGUUAAGUUUCGUUACUUAAACGGAGAAAGCGCUUCUCAUUCCUCGUGAGUGAUCGUUGCUACGAUACGACGCUAAGCCAAUCGGUGCCGUUUGCGUCAAACCAAUAUGGCGCCCCGUUUCCGUGACGACGGCAAGCGCAUGGUAAACACGUCAGGCACCCUCCACUUCAAAGUUGAGUAUGUUAUGGUAAACUUCAAAUCUAAAGCUGCAGAUAACCAAUAAGGUGGUGAAAAUGGCACUAAACGAGCUAACGUCAGGGUGGCAAUUCAUGCAUAGAGUAACCAGCUGCAGGCAGGAGCCCCAAAGGACACAGAUAAACAGAGUAAAACGCGAAUAAGGGAUGAUAGACAGGAGAACAUGGCCGUUGUGUGGACUAUUUUGGAAAAUUAGACAAGGACUGAAAGCCUCACAGCUGUGUGGGAAUUUCAAAACCAGCGCGGACCAGGCGAGUGUGCGCAUUUAGGGCAAAAUCUGUCUGCAUGGCAGGGACACGUUUUAUUGCUGUCAUUUCAUUUGCUUAUUAUUCGCUGACGUGACUUCUCACUGUUGAGCAAGAAUUGGUCUGAUAAAUGGUUGAAGCCACUGCAGUUUCCUUGAUGUGAUUAUGUAUGUUAUUAAGUAUGUGGGUAUUUCUAUGCUAUAUCUUUAGAUAAGUCUACUACUGAGGGGUAAUGCAGGUGUAAGACCUGUUGUUUUGGACAAAAUGAGCAUUAUACAGUAAUCGAAUAUUUGUUAUAGGUCCACAGUAGUCGGAGCUCCUCAGUCUAAGUUCAUGUAUAGUCCUCCCCUUCAGAGUGGUAUCAAUCUUCUUAUCUAACUCGUCAAAAAGCAAAUUUCAGCGCUUUUUUCCCCAACUGCUGAACUAUUAUUAUUAUUAUAAUUAUUAUCAUCACUAUUAUCAUUACUCUAAUUAUUAUUCCUGUUUCAUGGGACAAAUUUGGAUAACGAAAAAAGAGUUCAUGUGAGGCCAGCGUGUUAAGCAGUGACAUGAAUUUAGCUGUUCAAUGGUCUCAGUGACAAUUUUGAAAACCUUUUCAGACCUGGUUUCUUCUUUUUGUUACACUUCCUUGGUUCUUACAGAUGACAGCUUUCCUAUCUUUCUUGAAAGCUCCUUUUUCCUGUCAUCAAGAAGAUUUGUGGCUACAGUAUUCAGUCCUGAGUUAAUGUAAAUUAUUUCUGAAUGUGAGACCCCUUAUCCCCCUCCAUUUCUCAGGUCAGCCUAAUAAAAAAAGGCAAAGUAUGGAUUCAGGUGUCUUAUUCAACCUAGAACUAGCACAUAAUUUCGCAAUACUUCAGUUUUUCAACACACCUAUGUGUGACAUUAGAAGGUAACCUUGUAUCAACUGUUCCAGCAAGAAUUAAGUUACUUACAGUAAGAAGAGACACAUGUCAUUAUUGAAGUUUUCCUCAAGGUAUAAAGUUCUUAGUUUUAAAUGCAGAUAAACUGAAUGAAUUGCAUGUUCAAGUAGAGUGAAUUGCAUGGUACAUGUGUUUACCACUAAGUGGCACUGAUGGAUAGGUUGUAGAAAUGAGCAAACCUGCAAGAGAAGUGACAUAAAAAACAAGAAGUAUGUGAGAAGAAAUGUCUGAUGAACACUUUGUUUUUAUUCAGACAAACAGAUGACAAAAAACAUAGUAAAUCAUAACACUAACACAUGUGUUUUGUUAAGUUGCGUGAACUCAUGACACCGUGAGCUCAAAUGAUUGACUGUGGCGAGAGAGAGUGAGCCGAAGAUUCAGUCCCCCCAGCUUCACUCCUCCUCUGCCAGCACACAUCUGCUGCUGAGGAGAUGGGACGCUGAUCCAGAGACUAGCACUUCAUGCCUUGGAAUCCGGUCUUCACAGCAUGGCUGGCUGCAACAGAGGACUGUGAGAGGGAAGCUGGAAGAAGACCCCAAACUGGGGAGUAUUUAUAUUUACUUUAUCUUCGGCUGAGCUGAUGCUUUCUCUUCAAUUUGGAGUGAUGUCCCAGCGCUGGUGCAGGCAGGUCCUGCUCGGUGUGGAAGUGGGCAUGCUGGUGGCGGUCCUGGUGGCCGGCAGUGCAGGACAGACCCAUGACAGGAGGGAGGCAGGGUCAUCCUGCUACGGAGGAUUUGACCUCUAUUUUGUUUUGGACAAGUGAGUGCUUCUUUUUCUUGAUCACAGAAGAUGAGAACACUGGUGAAAACAACAUUCAAGAUGUUCUUCAGAUGCAUUGACUGGCUACUACUUGCAUGAAAAAUAUCUGGCAGUGUGCAACAUCACUGGAAUGAGAUCUAUUACUUUGUUGACCACCUGGCUCACAAGUUUAUCAGCCCUCAGCUGCGGAUGUCUUUCAUUGUGUUUUCAACAGAGGGGAGGACUCUCAUGGCACUAACAGAAGACAGAGAGCAGAUUCGGGCCGGACUGGAGGAGCUACGCAUGGUGCAGCCAGGCGGAGACACCUUCAUGCACAGAGGAUUUCAAAGAGCCAGCGAGCAAAUAUACUACGGGACUGGAGAUGGUUACCGCACAGCCAGUGUCAUCAUUGGUCUGACGGAUGGUGAACUGAGAGAAAAUCAGUUUGACCUGGCACAAAGAGAGGCCAGCAGAGCGCGCCAGUUGGGCGCCACUGUUUACUGUGUGGGAGUAAAAGAUUUCAAUGAAACUCAGCUUUCAACAAUAGCUGACAGUAAGGACCACGUCUUCCCCGUGAAUGAUGGAUUUCAAGCGCUGCAAGGUGUCAUUGACUCGAUCUUGAAGAGGUCAUGCAUUGAGAUUCUGGCUGUAGAGCCCUCCAGCAUCUGUGAGGGAGAAUCCUUCCAGGUGGUCGUCAGAGGAAAUGGUUUCCUUCAUUCUCGAGACGUACAGAAAGUUCUCUGCAGCUUCCGCAUCAACGACACAGUUACUUUGAUGAAAAGACCUUUGGUGGUGAGAGAUACCUACCUUUUGUGCCCAGCUCCUGUUUUGGAAAAACAAGGAACGGCUGCCACUCUCCACGUCAGCAUGAAUAAUGGCCUGAGUUUCAUAUCAAGCUCUGUCACAAUUACUGCAGUCACUUGUUCUGAUGGGACCUUUGUGGCCAUCGCUCUGCUCAUUCUGCUGCUCCUGCUCACCAUCGCUCUGCUGUGGUGGUUCUGGCCUCUCUGCUGCACUGUGGUCAUCCAUGAGCCACCUCCUCCAGUAAUAGAUGAUAUCUCUGAUGAUGAAGACGGUUUUCCCAAGAAGAGGUGGCCCACAGUGGACGCCUCAUACUACGGAGGCCGAGGAGUUGGAGGCAUCAAGAGAAUGGAGGUCCGUUGGGGAGAUAAAGGUUCUACUGAAGAAGGAGCGAAACUGGAAAAAGCUAAAAACGCUCGAGUUGUGAUGCCUGCCCAGGAGUUUGAUCUGCCUCCAUCACGGCCGUACUACCACAUGCACAAAUCCAUGCGCCCUCAGAAGUGGUACUCUCCCAUCAAGGGAAAACUGGAUGCGCUGUGUGUAUUCCUGAGAAAAGGCUACGACAGAGUGUCUGUGAUGCGACCUCAUCCUGGAGACAAGGGCAAGUGCAUCAACUUCACCCGAAGUACAUCCUACCCAGCUCCUCGCUAUCCCAUCUACAACCAUCCCUCCACGCCCGUCUACACUUUGCCCCACAGCUACCACCGUCGUCCGUCAGAGGACCUCUUUCAUCUGCCCCCGUCUCCAACUUCAACUCUCCCCCCUCUGCCGUCCACUCCUCCGCCUUCCACCAGCACCCUUCCCAUGUACACCCCACCUCCAAACAGAGCCCUGCCGCCGACCAACAUGAGCCCUGUCUCUGCACCCCCUUCUCCAACCGGCUCGCUACCGCCUCCACCUCAGGGUCCACCUCCCUGUAGAGCUCCUCCUCCGUCACGGCCUCCUCCACGCCCCAGUCACGAGAACUACUAAUGAUGAUAAGGAGUUGAGGAGUAGGAUCCGAACUCAGGAUGGAAACCUGAAGACUCUUUCACUGAGCCUGUGUUUAAUUACAGAAUAAGCGUUUAAGUGACUGUAUAACGUUUCCUCUUGAGGCUGCAGCUGGUGAUUCAACACCUGAACAGUGAAACACUUUCAACAAUUAAGUCUAUUUUCCUCAAUAAGUGGCUAGCGCAUGACGUGCCAUGAACUGACUUUUUUUUUCAAGUCUAGAAGGUGAAUAUUUAGUAUAGCAAGCACAGCUUUGGCUAUUAAAUGCUAUUGGAGCAAUGCAAUUUAUUCACAAAAACAAUAAUCAUUUUAAGAAUUUAAUCAGCAGGAAAUCCGGUGGCUCAGCAACUGCGUCAUGUGUUUUAUACAUGCAAGUUUAUUUGUUAAAUACUGUCUUGGAAAAUGUAUAUUUUGUGAAUGAAUAUUCAUUAAAUCACAAAAAUAUAUGUAUAUAUCCAUCAUAUUGCAUUAGAUGUCUGAUUUUCAUGGACAAUGACGGUUUUUGGUGUAUUUUUUCAAGGGAAUAACAAGAAGGGGAAUUGAGAUUUAUAUAUUAAUGCUGACAUACUGACCUAGCAGACUGGCUGCUAUUUUAAGAUAAUUUAAAAAAAAACUGAAUAUAAUAGAGUUAACAUUAUUCUUAUGAGGUUGAGCAUUUCUGUUGAAAAUGAUAAACAUGGAAAUAAAUAUUAAAGUUAGGAAUUCAAGAAGCACAACUUUAAUGUGUAAAACUGUCAGCGAGAAACUCUUAAAACACAUAACAGUUACAUCUUUGGCAGUGAGUGACACUGGCUGUCAGACACUAUUUGAGGUUUGUAGCAGUGAUAAAAGUGACCUCUGGAAAAUCCUUUUAGCUGCCAGAAUGAUUUCUUCGAGUCCUAUGAUCAAAUUUAUGCAUACUAUUAAAUUGCUUUUCUCUUUUUUUACUUUAGUCAUGAUUCCUCAGCGUCUGAAGUUUUAGCAGAGCUAUGAUGGACGUACUGAACGCACAUAAGAUACUAAGCUUGUGUGUCCAGAUUGAUGUUUAGUAGCCAUGACAGACUUUAACUUACAGCUACAACUUUAAAGAUCCUACACACCUGCACAGACUGUGGUUGAUUGACAUCUUCCUAGCUUUCCUGGUAGGGCGGGACAACCUAAAAAGAUUAAUGGCUGUGUCUGAAAUCACUCCCUUGUUAACUCAUUCACAACCCUUUAAGAGACAAUCAGUAGUUCCUCUACAGGGAGCUGAAAAUUCAGACUUUGGACACUCAGGAAUACUCAUCAUCGUUUUUAUGUGUCUAAGCCUAGUUCACUGACAGGCGUAGUGUGGUCUGACUGCAAUUUUCACUUUGCAUGUACAUUGCGAGCCUUUUUCAUUGAAGAUAUUUUGACUUG